AUGGUCAGGGUUCUCGACUACGGGAGGGCUGACGGGUGCAUUAUCCUUUUUGUUGUCGAAGCUCAUGGAAAGACUGGAAUUCCAAAGGUGGUAGAAACAUGGGGGCAGCCAAAUGCUUCAUCUUGUGUCCUUGCUGCUUCUUAUUCUGAUCACAAAACUGAUCCGCUUUUGGCUGUUGCUCGCAAGAAUGGUUCGGUUGAGUGUCUAAAUCCUAUUAAUGGAGAGGCUUUGGGCAUCACUAAGAUCGAUCAACCCUUAUCACUGGAUGGCUCUCUUAAUGAUGAUCAUGUUGUUGGAUUGCAUCUCUUCAAAACUAAAGGAAUCGAUGUUCCAUCAAGGUCAGUUUCAUUACUUACCUGUCUGGAAAAGGGUAAUGCUUGCUUGAGGUCCAUUCCCGUCGGUGAUGCGCCAGAAAACUCAACUACUGCUUCUCAUAUUACAUGGAAUGUAUGCUCUUCUGGUAAAAUAAUAUGUUCUUCAGUGGAUAAAAGUGAGAAUUAUGCCUUAUUUGGAGGGUAA